UCUAAAUAUUUUCUGUUGAACGACACAGGGCUAUAUGUUGCUAGCAUUGCAGGCAUACUUGCCUUCACUACAUCCUCUGGAUUGUGAGAUAAACAAAGAACCAAACAACUGUGAGUCAGCUAAAGGUUGGAGCUUAACACUGCUCUACUUGAGCUUAUUAAUGUUUGCCAUCGGAGAAGGCUGCAUGCGCGCUUGCAUACCAUUGCUUGGUGGAGAUCAGUUCAGCAAUGAUGAUCCAAAAGAAACACAUCUCAAGAGUACGUUCUUGAGCUGGAUCAAGUUUGCAAACUCUGUUGGAGCACUAAUGGGAUUGGUAUUCUUAGUCUGGAUCGAGAACAAUUUGGGCUGGGCCCUUGGCUUUAUGAUAUCUGCACUUAUUGUACUUGUAGGGCUGUUUGUGGCAGCCAGUGGACUGCCUUUCUAUAGAACACAGAAGCCUAAUGGAAGUCCUCUAAAGGGAAUAUUGCAGGUUCUUGUCACUUCAUCAAAGAAGAGGCAGGUUGCUACCAUAGAUGUUAUCGAGCUGCAGGAGAUAGGAGCAGCGGAUAGUGUUGAUGGGGAAGGCAAAUCUGACAGCAAGAGCACUGGCACCACUCAGAUCGAGGAGUUAACAAAGGCCAUCACCCGAAUGCUUCCAAUCUUCAUCAGCUGCUUGCUCAUCUACCUGCCCUUCACGCUGCUAAUGACACUAACGAUACAAGUCGGCAGCACCAUGGACAAAGGGAUAGGCACGAUCCAGAUACCUUCCGCCUCUCUCAUUGCAAUCCCAACAGCAUUUCACAUGCUUAUGCAACCAUUCUACAGGCAGAUAUUGACGCCACUGCUAGAAAGAUUUACAGGCCACACACACGGAAUCACCCCACUGCAGAGUAUCGGUGCUGGCUCGGCGUGCGGGGUAGCAGCAGCAUGCCUUGCGGCGAUAGUGGAAACAAGAAGGCUGACAGUCGCAGAGCAGCAUGGGCCAACAUCGACAGGAGCAGGCGUCCCGAUGUCCGUGUUCUGGUUGGUUCUGCAAUUCUUCCUGCUAAGCAUCAUGGAUGCAGCAUCCUUCAGUGGACUGAUUGAGUUCAUAAAGAGCGAGUCAUCUCCGGAAAUGAAGCUGAUAGCACCGGCAGCGCAGUCCAUCGUUGCUGGAAUAGCAGCCUGGUUAGCAAGUGCCUUCAUACAGCUAGCGAACAACGCGUCGCGGCACGGCAAUGGUGGAAGAGGGUGGCUAGAUGGAGCAGACUUCAACAGGACACGCCUUGAUCGUUUCUUCUUGUUGCUGGCAGCCAUCGAGCUGGUGGCACUCAUCAACUAUGCUUUCUGGGCGAGGAGAUAUGCCAAGACGCAACGGAGCAGUGGUGCUGGAUUAGUUGGUGAUAGCUCUGAAAACUAAAUAGCCAAGCAUAGCGAGAUACAUAGGCAAUAGGUGAUAGACCAAAUAUUUUUUGAUGAAUUGUGUUAGUUAGCGUAUCAGUGCUAUACAUACUGUAACUGAGAAAUACUGUAAUAUCCACCAAUCAAUA